AUGCUGAAUUUCCUUCUGUUCAAAGUCAUUUUUAUUGGUGCGGUCAUGGAUCCUAUUUGGAGACACAUCUUGCGAUUAUCGAUAUGGAUUGGCGUGCUUGGAUUCCUGCGCAUCUUUUGUUUACUGAGCCGAGAUCGCUUUGAUAAUUUGGCCACCAUUGCUUAUACUCCGCCAAAGCAAUACUACAAAAUCACACUUUUACUGUGCUUUAUCUUGCUUGGGGAUGUACUCUGGUACAUUGGAAGUGCGCUUCUAUUCCCCGCCUCACUGACCUUCUUGACCCUCGAGUUUUUACCGGUCAUACUCGAUACCAUUCAUGUCAUGACUAAAUACCUUUCACAUCUACUGGAUCAAUGGCAAGAAAACGGGUUUGAAAACAAAUGCCUCGUCAACUAUUACACCGAAUUGGGGGCCGAUGUCCUUAUAUUAGCAUGCACUUUAAUGCAGUAUUUGCAACUCAUGUGGAUGCAUGGUGUAUCGUUUGGUCUCGUGGACUUUGUAUUAUUCCUCAACGUGAGAAGCGUACUAAAAAACCUGCAUAACAAAGUGCUGAUUCAUCGCGAACGAUGGCGAGCCAUGUCCUACGUUCGAGACAGAUACGUCAAUGCGACGCCUGCCGAGCUUUCGUUGCACAACGAUGAUUGUGCUAUUUGUCGAGAGAAGAUGAAAACGGCGAAAAAAUUAGCCUGCGGACAUCUCUUCCACCUGUAA